AUGUCUUCUGAUUUUCACGUAGGAUUGCCGUGGUCGACCGAUAACUCGCCUAUGGAUGUCCUAUCCUACGAUAUCGCGUUACAGCAACUUCUCGAUGCGCACGUCGUGUCCGAGGACGGCCUGAUGGAUUACGCCCUCAGCCAAGCCCUGCGCGGGCUGUGUUUUGCCGUCAAAAGUGCCUCGCGUCCCCUUUCCCAGGUGCUGGGCCCGACCCCCCAGCCCACCCCUAACGCGCCGCACGCCGCGGUGGUGUGGGUGGGGGGCUGCGAGGCCGUUUUGGAUGCUAUGUGCAGGUCCGCCGUUGCGGAGCCCCAGUACCUGCCGACGGUGGCCUAUCUCUCAAAGCGCCUGUUGUGUGACACGGCCUCCGACUUCGGGGAGGGGAAUGAGCGGCCGUCCUGCACGGUGGAGUGGACACAGGGGCUUCUGUUACAGACCGCGGUAGCGGAUUCGAACGAGGAAAAGGACACCCUUUCCCCCGACAGGGCUGGACAACGCCGGAAGGAGUCGUACUUUUCAUCGCGCUUUAGCACCGACCGACGAGUACAGCUCGGUUAUCUGUGGAUGCUGACGGGAACGCUUCGGCUAAUCGCCACGGACCCCAUCCAACACUCACACCUUUUUACCAAUCACCUAACCCUCGUCAGAGGCAUCGUGGAAGGUGUCUUUUCACGCAUUUCGACCCUUGCGGAUGCGAAAGAGUGUGAAAAUUCGAUUACCCUGGUGGAUCCUCUCAGCGAUGGUGGUGCAAUUAUCACCGAGGACAUCUCUGAUCCGUUAACGCUUCCCGACGUUAGCGCCGCGCUUCCGUCUAGGUUGACGGUCGAAGCGAAUCAUUUUAUCAUCCACUGUGUGCAUUGGCUUUGCACGGAUGUGUUAACCGUCUAUCAGUCUAUGCAAAGUGGCAAUCAGAAGACGCGGAAAGUGCUCGAUCGAGAUGCCCCUUUGAUGAUUUGGAAGACGGUAACGUUAACGCGAAAUGCCUUACGGCGGGGUCUUGCUUGGAUUCAAUCAGAAAUGCAAUCGAUUUGGCUGAAGGAGGCCGCUACGGCAUCCUCCACAAAAGAUGUCAAACCUACACGAAAGGUUUUAUCCUCGAAUGUGUACUCCGUCGGAUCGGAUCCUGCGGCGUGCGCUCUUCUCAAUCAGGUUUCUCACCACCUCGAGAGUACCAUCACGAAUAUGAUAAAAACACAAGAGAAGUUGAACUAUGCGCGAACGGGCGCCACCAGGCGUUAUGGUAAGGCUUCUAAAGAUUACACCCAGCUCACUGAGAUGAUGUGGGUGAAUACAAUUCAAGUAUGCUUUAUGCUCCAGAGUCUAACGCGAUCAUGGAUGGUGACUCACGGCGGGAUGGGAAUCACCGCCGUGGAUUCCAGCUUCGUGUUGGGAUCCAAUAAAGACAUCCUGGGGUAUAUUGGAAGCUGUAUUUCUUUGAUUCCAUCUCUCGAGGGCCGCAGCGAUGACAAAGUCGCCCUCACACAGGCCUCGCACGUCCUUCUAUCCGCGCUCAUCGCGCUGGUAGCGUCGGCACCGCUGAUGUCUAUGCAGGCGAAUUUAUGGAUGUCGGACCCAGAUUGUACGCGGCAAAUCCACGAGAUUCUCGUUCAGCGCGCCUUGCGAGGGAAGGAUGAGAAGCUUCAGCAGAUGGCAGCGCUUUUGGCGGGAUCGAUCCUGCGCAGCACCUCCCCGACAACGGACCUUUCCCUGCAGCUCACAUCGGAGGUGUCGAAUCAGCUGCUGGAUGUCCUUUCCGAAACUCGAGACGCGGCCUCGCACUACGCGAUUGAGAUGCUUACGAUUGCGGUCGUACGAAAACCGCACUCCCUUAUUCCCUCGCUCUUUAAGUUGUUAAAAAGUGGGGGCCCGCAAACGCGUCGGAAUGUACUGGAUGUCCUUUCGGCCCUUCCCAACCUUUCCUCAUCACGAGCUUUGCAUGGAUUAAAAAAUAUGGAAAUUGGUAGGGAAGAGAAAAAGGAGGAGGAGGGGAAGCAUGCUUUAGUGGAUUUAAGAACCUCCGCCAUCUUGUUUUUGCCAGGAGAAGAGAAUAUGCGAGAAGUGCUUCGGCUGCUGGCGGAGAACCUUCUUUCGCACCUUAACGAUAACGAUCUUUUAAUUCGCAUGGAGAGUGCGUCUUUAUUUGGAAAAGUAUGGCCCGAGGACGUCCUGCAGCCGCUGCUAACCCUAUUUUUGAACUCAGAUUCCACGGGGAGGAGGCAAUCCGCGAUAAAAUCUAGCCUAAAAGCGGUCUUACUAUCCCACACCGACGAUGCGAGUGUUCUGUUGAUGUUGAUGCAAGAGGCAUUUUGUGUCUUUCGGGAGAAGGUUUUAGCUCAGUUGACCUCUUUAAAUGUGGAUGCGUCUUCUUCGUCGACAAACAGCUUCCCUUUUCUUUCAUAUGAGCGAAAGAAAAAAGUGCCUACUACUCCUGGGGAUAUUCUCAACCACUCACUUCUUUAUACCUUUGGCACACUUCAAAACGUUGAAGACACUGAGACGGCCCCCAGCACGAAUACUGACGAAUUUGUUAUUCCGCCAGUGCCAUCUAGCAGAAAAAAAGAGGGGUCAAUUCAAGCAUUGAUAAAAAGCCUUUGCAAAGAUUGGGCGGCAUCGGUGAAGGAGUGGAGGAGUGAGACUCAUCUUGAGCCUUUGCUAGUGUUUUUAAAACAACUCGACCACUCUCCAAAAGGACCGCAAAAGUGGUUUUUGGAUCAGAUACUACCAUUUUUCGAGUAUUUGACAACUUCCUGGAAAAGUUCCCCAAGGGAGGGAAAGAAUUUCGUAUUUCCCAACCAUGUUAUGAUACAGGCCCUUUACAACAUUUUUUUCAGAGCGGGUGCUGAGGAAAAAGGCGGUCAAAAGUUGUCAACGAACACUAACGCUGAUGAAAAGAUUGAUCAUUCAUCGUCAUUGGAUGAGGAACCUUCUUGGGUGCAUCAAAUGAGAAAGUUUAUGGAAGUAUUCUUAGAGUUUACAGAUACGCCUUUUCCGGUGCUUGAUGAAUACCAUAAGGUCCUGCUACCUCUUAUUAUCUUAGGUAACUGCUCGUGUAGGUUUAUUACCCCUUCAGACUCUUUAGCAAGUUCUUCCGUGGCGAGCAGACACGAUUACGACGUUCAGGGGGAAUCUAUUCAGGCCAUUACACACAAAAUAUGGUGUGCACUUUGGGAUGCACUUACCGAUGAUGUUGGUAUUUAUCUUCGGAUAAUACAUCAUGAUGUCACGAUAUUAUUUCUGAGAGCAAUCUGCAGCUACCCGGCCAUUGAAUUAUUUCGCGAACUUCAAAUAAGAACUAGAAACGGAGAAAUCUUUCUAAACCAUUUUUUCUAUCGAAUCCUUCUCUUUGGCAUUUCUUAUUACACUAAUGAAUUUAUCGCUCUGUUGGCUUCGCAUCCCAUUUCACUUGAAGAGGGAAAUCCUCCCUCUAACGAAAAUAACGCGCCAGGUUGGACCCGAGAUCGUAAGGACGAUGUUAUCGACAGGGAAAAAGUGGUUUACGAUGACAUGAAGUCAUGCGUGGAUACUACAGAUAUAUUGCCACUUAUAACGCAAAACUUUGUAUUAAACCAGAUAAAGCAGAACCAUGGAGGAUCAAUGGGUUAUUACUUAAAUUUUUACUUAAGUAGGAUUAAUGAUCACAUGGGUUCAAGCGCAACCGAAGUAUAUGGACUGCUAACGCUAGCGUACUUCUUAGAUAAUACGCUAUUAGAGAAGGCGUGGUCUGUCUGUGCAAUUUACUCGUAUAAUCCACUAAAGGAGCUAGAGGAUUGUAAUCGAAAUGAAUGCCAAACGAAAAGCCGCAAAAAGGGAAAAAUUUCCUCAUCACCAAGCAAUGAUGCCACUUCUCAGGAAGUGCUCAUCCAACUUAAGAAGAAGUUUGAACUUUGUAUAAAUACUAUCUCUAAAGGUCUCGAUUACUUGAUAGCUUCUGAACGAACUAAUGGUAAACUUCUCUUGAGUUGGUUUAAGUGCUAUCUCCGACCGUUGAUUGAGUUAUCUAACGCGGUGUGCGCAUCGAAUAAGAGAAAAGAGAAGUCUGAUUACAUCGAAGCGAUUAAUUGUACCAGCUUGAUAUUUAAGGCUCUCAUUAUGACCGAUAGUUAUUAUAAAAAAAAAUUGUCGCCAUUGUCAAGAAUCGCCGCCAUCACGAGCGGAUCCUCUAAUCCAUCUUCAACCUUAGUAGGGUGUGAUUUUGUGCCUCAGGACUACCCAUUUUUUAAGGGAAAUCUCACGUUAUUUUUAUCUUUACUUCCUUGCGAGGAUCUAGAGGCUUUGCCGAACUUUGCCUUAGGCUGCGUGAAGUUCAGGAAGUCUCCAGACCUCCAGAAAGUAGGAUUACGGAUUCUUUUCAUCCUGAUCACACAAGCAUAUGAUAGUCUUACUAAUGUGCGAACUGAGGGUAAUCAAAGCAUUUUAACGAUGACAAUGUCAGAGCUGUGUGAGUUUAAGUAUACUCAUCCAGACAAAGAGACAAGAACACUUGCGGAGAGGUUAGUGGAUGGUAUUGGGUAUCAAAGAGGUCUAUAG